GAUUUCAUGUCAAGUGGAAGGAUCUGGAGAGAAAGAUUUCUUAAUAAUGGCUUCUUCUGGCACUUGGGUCAGGAGUUCGAACACAAAAAGUCAAGAUUGCAGAAAUUCUCAAAACAUGAAUGAAUUAUUUGCAUCAGUCCGAAGAAUUGAUGUACAGAAAACAAAAUUUAAGAAUUCUUAUCGAUUGUGGGAUGUGAAAUCUGGCAAAGCAGUCAAGAAAUUAAAGGAUAUUGAGAAGAGUAUAAACAACAAUACCGAUAUUGCAAACUGUGUCAAAAUCGGGGGAGAUAUUGGAAAAAUUGUUGGGUCCAUUGCUUUAAUUACUAGUGCAUUCAUCGAUGACAAGAAAGCAUCUAAAGAUUGGAAGAACGUGGGAACUGAUCUGACAACAUUUGGAAUGGUUUUCUCUGAAGGUUCCACAGCUAUGAAUAGUUUCCUUACAGAAAACUUGUGUAAAGAAGCAAAAGAAACAAUGGAUGAGUUAUUCAAAUGCACAGAAGAAUUGGAAAAGGAAAGCAAAGAAUAUUUUAGGCUGGUAAAUAUAUGCAAAAACUUAUUGAAGACAAUAGACGAGGAGGAAAUCCAGCUGAUACGUGAUUAUCUCGAUAAAGAUAAAUAUUCGAGUUUCCGAAGUGAUGAUUUUUGGAAUUCCCAUCUUCCUCCAACUUUACCAAAAAUGGAAAAUUUGAGACUAAACGAAAAUUCUUUAAACGAUAAACAUUCUAAACGUGAUUUGAUUUCUAUAAUUGCUCAGUACAUUACAGAAAACCCUGUAUUAAAAGAAUUUUUUGAUUGGAAAUUAGAAGAUUUGCCUUUUGUUAAUGGAAGAAAUAUAAUUGAUGGCGUUCUCGGAACAGGUAAUAUAACCUUUAGCUCUUCGGCGUUUGAAUUCAUGAAACCGUUUUGCAGUGGAAUGAGCAAUCGCACUGCUUUAGGAUUAAGUGGUGCUUUCUUUCUAGCUAAUGAGAUUUUAGGCAUGGUAGAUACUUGCUCUAAGUUUCAAAAUGGAAGCGUUCAAAGCAGAGAAGUUAGAAGAGUUAUAGGAAAGUUGGAAAAAUAUAGAGAUGAAGUGAGAAGUAAUCUUAGUGCCACUCUCGGUUGGGAUUCUUUCAAGAAAGAUUGGUAUUCUUGGGAGGAGAAGAAUGCAUUAAUCUUCGAAAAUCCUAAGAAAAAUUCAAAUUAUAACCAUUCAAGAUAUAAAACAAAUUAAAUUUUAAUUCUUAAAAUGUCUUGAAUUUCUGACAUUCAUGAGAAAUUUUAACCUUGCACUAACGCUUUAUGUAUUGAUUAUUUGUGAACCGCCAAGUGUAACCCAUUAACUCUA